AUGAGAGAUUUUGUGUCGUCAUGGAUGUACAUCGCGACCUGGGACAGAGUAGCUUUCUUCGGUGCUGCUGAUACCUCUAUCAGAAAUUCCUUUCAAGCUGUGAUGGUGACAGAUGGUCGAUACUCCUUCGCCAUCUUUAAUUACGGUGAAAUAAACUGGACAACAGGAGGUGCCAGUGGUGGUGAUAGUGGUACUGGUCUUGGUGGAACCCCCGCUCAGGUUCUUAUCAACGGACCAUGCUUCAACCCAACCAGCAUGAUUAUCUGUGAGUUCGACGGAUUCGAGACUUCUGGAAGACUUCUGGAAGACGAGAUCGCCCUCUGCGUUUCGCCGACUUUCUACAAGGUUGGACAGAUUCCCUUGCGCGUGUCUCUAGACGAUGGAGUCACGUUCGAUUUCACAGGAUUGUUCACAAUUAUCAGUGUCGAGGAUGUUCCUGACAAUGUAUUUUCCUCGGUAACGGAAAGCAACCAAAGAGAGUCCGACUUCGAGAUCACGUGGAACACAGAUAACCUUGAAGGCGUGGAUGAGGUUGACAUCGUUGUCUACGGCUACCGAGAGGAGUCAGAGGACAAUUUCGUGGAGUUUAGUGGACCUUUGGUCACAGUCGCAGAGGGCGUUGACUAUCAUAUCGGUUACCACACCGUUUCAGGGCUACUGGACCCUGAAAUACAUGUCGACGUCGGUGUUAUUGGGGUCAUAGAAUCUGAAGGUCAAGGGGGAAAUUCUAACCGGGCUGCCCUCUGGAGCAAGGUCCAUGUUCUACAGUGGCACAAUGGCGAUGACGUAAUAAAUUGGUGCAAUGAUUGGAUUGGAGAAGAAGUUUGGUCUGAUACUUCCUUUCUGUCCGUCACACACCCGUGCCCAUGUACACUUGACCAGGCCCAAAUCGACAUAGGGAGGUUUAGUCCGCAUCCGCUGUGCGAUAUUGGCAUCUCGUCACCUAGCAACUGUAUCCAUAAACCUGGGGCGAUACACUGCGUACGAGCAGACACACCGAGCACACUAGGAGGGGGACAGGAGUGUUGCUAUGGUGAUGAAGGAAUGAUCAUUAAUGUAUUUGAUAGUCUGGGAGGGGGCUACAGCCAUCGUUACCACCAUGGGGGCGUUACCCCAUAUGGAGAACCUAAUAAGGUACCAUAUCUGUCGCACUACCUCGUCGACAUCUUGCCCUGGACCUACUGCUGUACUUACGGUGGACCAGAUGAGUGCACAAAUUUUGGUCGGCAUCGGCCUUCUCAAACUUGCAACAACUACGUACCGCCUCCUCCAGCAUUGGGCAGUGGUGAUCCACAUAUUUCAACUCUUGACUCGACCACGUACACUUUCAACGGCCACGGUGAAUUCACGAUGCUGAACGCACUAAAUGGCACCUUCAUCUUACAUGCAAGAGCGGCUCCUCUCGUUGGAACGUCUGAUGCAACGGUGUUUGUUGCCAUGGCAGCACGAUUUGGGGAUAGUGAUAUAAUUCAUAUUCAAACCAAUGAACGCAGGGUUCUUGAUGCCUAUGUCCGACUAGCCGGGGAUGGACAACACUUCACGAGGAUUGAAUUUGAUCAGGCUUCUCGAUGGUCAUAUUCAGGGGUCUCUGUAACCGGUCGCAACAUUACCACAGAUGGAAUCAUUGUAUCUUUUGACGGAGGGGUAGGGCUGAAUCUAAAAGCAGCAGAGGGGGCCAUGAGCAUUCUUCUUGUAGCUCCAGACUCCUUCCGAGGUCAAACGCAAGGCCUGAUGGGAACGUGGAAUGGUAAUGCCAGCGACGAUUUCCUAACUCCUCAGGGAUCUUUCCUCUCACCUGAUCUGACUACUGAGCAGUUGCACUACCAAUUUGGACUACUAUGGGAAAUCGAUGCAGCAGAAUCGUUGUUCUAUUACGAACCGAGCAAGGACCACGAAUCUCAUACCGACCGCACUUACACUCCUGUCUUUGAGCCUGUCGCCAACCCUUCUGUAGACCAAAGCCUUGUAUUAGAGGUGUGCGGUACGAACCAGUUCUGUAUCUUCGACUACCAGACAACGGGGUCGCAGAGUUUUGCCCAGAAUUCCGUGAAGGCACUUGUGCAAUAUCAGCAGGCAGUCGACAACAUAGCAUCGUUCGUGAGUUGCCCAACUCUUCCCGCCCCUGCUAACGGAAGUGCCAUCGCGACGACCUACAUGGCAGGGGGCGUGGCUAGAUUCGUGUGCGAGGCCGGCUUCGAACUGAGUCACGUGGUCAACUUAACCUGCCAAUCAGAUGGUACCUGGAGUGUUGGCGAUAUUCCGACAUGCAUCAGUGAGGCAUCCGGGCAGACGAUUAUGACCUCUAUGACCUCUAUGACUAUGAAGCCACAUGGGCCAGUUUUGUCGACGCCCGCUGUCAUCGGAAUAUCCGUGGGAUCGGUAAUUCUGAUCGUUUUGAUCAUGAUUGUCAUCAUUUUGAUCUGCCUACCAAAACAACGUCCACCGUCGAGCAGGAAGGUGAACCCUUCAACAGACCAGGCUGAAGUUCAUGGAAACCCUACCUACGUCCAUGCUUAGUCCUGGCAAUAAACUUCAAUACAACGAGUGGAUCGACGUGAGAUGACAGAGCUACUCUUUUGCUAUCUCUGCAAUGCAUGCAAGA